AGCCGAUCUCUGCCAUGAUUCCCAGAUCGUGGGGGAAUGGUCGGCUCUGAACCAUCAUCACGAAAUCUUGAAGAAACGUCAACAAAAGAUACUUUUUGAACAGGUUAUACUACAACGAAAAUAAUGGGUUCUACACAGGCAUUGAAGAUACUUUUGUGGACGGGAUUCAAUAAAUCACUGAAACUGAAAAUGGCCCGACGUACCUUCCUUUCCUUUGGAAAAAUCACGAUUCCAUCAACUUGUAGAUGUUUAGAUGCAAGCCUGGUAUCUUUUAGUACAACAACAUCCCCAGUUCAACAAACCCAAUCUGAGCAGUGUGAAGAGGAGAAUGUUGCAGAACUAUCAGAGAAUGAUAGAGUUAAUCCACACUUCAUCAAUCGUAACCCAAGGAAUCUUGAAUUGAUGGCAGUAGCAAGGAAAGACAAAGGAUGGUCACAGAGUUACCCUAGAAAAGAUUACUGGCAUAAGUUAUUUGUCAGCAAGACCAACAGGCAUAUCACAGCACACAUUGAGCAUCUCAAAGGUAACAUUGUAGUGAAAGCAUCUACCAAAGAGUGGGCCAUUAAGAGACAUCUUUACUCUACAUCAGAUGUAUCAGCCUCAGAGAACCUCGGAAGAGUAUUAGCUCAGAGAUGUCUGGAGUCUGGUAUUAGCUUUUUACAUGUCAACAUGAAGAAUGAAGAGAAAGAAAAAGAAAGGAUGACUGUAUUCCUCAAUGCUCUUGAAGAAGGUGGUUUGGUGCUUGGUGAACCUAGAUCAGUUGUUGAUUUCAGAGAACCAAUUAACUACUUUCCAGAAGUGGAUUGACAAGAGAUCAUCAAACAGACUCUGCCUGUUUCAACAUGAAUAGAGACUCUCUUUAAUGGAUCCUACACUGACAUUAUUGGCAUGAAAGUAUUGUGGCAUUCCUGAAUGCACUCACAGCCCCUCCUGAUCAUGUUUUUAGGAUGCAUUGAUGUAACUAUCACAAAAGUUAAUUAUAUGAUCCAAAUGCAAAGUUUUAGGAAAAAAACACCUCCAAAUUGCCAGCCGUAUCCUUCAGCUUCCCUCAGGAAAAUGACCCUUUUGACCACUACUGAAAGGACUGGGUCUUGAAGUCAUGGAAGUAAGAAGUUGUUGGCCAGCGCUUUCCAGUAGGAAGGUUUUCCAAAUAUUCUUUAUCCCUGUGUUCUGGGCUCCGUAACACAAAGGUUUGCGAUGAAUUGCAAGUAUGAAAGAAUAGCGCCGAUUGGUUCCCGGUCAGUAUUUUAUACAGAGUGCGCGUGCAACAACGAUCUUGAUUGGUCAUUGGUAUUUAGCGAUUGAUUGCAAAGCUUUGUGUUACAGAGCCCAGGUCUUGGUUAACUAAUUUGGUUUUUUGCUUGAACACAGUAGUCACAUCCUGUCAUUAAUUGAUCCACCAGGAUCUUGAUCAGAAGAGGUUGUAUAGUUGUGCAGUGGCUGUUAUUCAUACAAGUAAUCUGUCUAUUCCCAGUUUCUCUCCAUUGUUUCCUUCACUAAACACCCCCAAACCACUACUUUUUCUUUACUAUACCACACAAAGCCCACAUAUAAACAGUCAAACCACUGAGGUUGGUAGUGAUAUGCACUGCAGAAUGCAAAUAACUGCUCAUUCUAAAACGUGCUACAACUUUCAUGUUGAGUGCUUUUGGUAUACAUUUAUGUAUAUAUAAUAAAGAUUAGAUAUACAAAAAGAAGAA